GGGCAGUGGAGGAAGAAAUUCGCUUGCGGACUGAAGCCAGUCGCUCUCUGUCGUACUUCACAUUUGGAUACAGUCUGACACACGGAGAAUUUUUUUAAAAUUAUUAUUUAAGAUUUUAAACAUUAAACGGAGGAGAACAUGGCGACGUUGGGGCAGGAGUCGGCUCGCCCCCAUUCCCAGCUCGGUUCUCCCUCGACCCAGAGUGGCAUCAGUAACCUGCCUCCCAGCCGGGGCUUGGAGAGGGCUCUGGAGGAGGCGGCCAGCAGCGGGGCGCUGAGCCUCAGCGCGCGGAAGCUCAAGGAGUUCCCCAGGACGGCGGUUAACCACGACCUGACGGACACGGUGGAAGCAGAUCUUUCCAAGAAUCGUCUAACAGAGGUCCCCUCUGAGGUCUGCCAUUUGGUUGCCUUGGAAACGCUAAACCUGUAUCAUAACUGCAUCAGGACCAUCCCCGACAGCUUCAUCAGCCUCCAAUCCCUCACCUGCCUCAACCUCAGUCGUAACCAGCUGGGUGCUCUGCCAGCAUGUCUGUGUGGCCUCCCUCUGAGGGUCCUCAACGCCAGCAACAACAAAUUGGUCAGCUUGCCAGAGACCAUUGGCCAACUACAGAGCCUCAUGGAGCUGGACAUUAGCUGUAAUGAGAUCACGGCUCUUCCUCGCCACAUCGGCAGACUCAAGGCCCUGCGAGAGCUCAAUGUACGCCGAAACCUUCUCUGUGUUCUGCCAGAAGGAUCCAAAUGGAAGAUGUCCAUUGGUAUCACAGAUGGCUCUUUGUCGAAUGGCACACACUGCAACCAAGAAAAGGCAAAGGAGCUGUUUUUCCUGAUGAUCAUUCUGAGAUCACAUCCAACGCUACCCAUUUUAACAGACUGCUUUUGGGGCAACAUUUCUGCAAUCAUCAAGUCUGAGCACAGCCAGUCUGACCAGGGGCAACAAGUGAUCUUCAGUAUCAAAGGUCUUUAA